AACACACACAAACAAGAAAGAGAAAGGUUUGUGAAAAAGGCAGCUCUGGUUGGUUGCUGCUGUUGCUCCAUCUAUCCAUUUUUUUGUUUGAAAAGUUUGAAAAGAGAAAAGAGAAAAAUUCCCGUUCUGGGUUGUUCAUCCAUCUCCAUUCUGUAGAUCUUUGCCGAUUCUUUUGUCUGAGUUGGAUCCGGGUCGACCCGGCGUUGAUCCCAGUUGAGAUGUGAACUCUGCUCUGAAGAGGGGAAAAAAGGGGAAAUGUCGGCUUCUCUUGCCGCAUUUGAACGCCCUCGUAUUGGGAACUCUAAUACGAUAUUCAAGAGCGGGCAUCUACUCAUAUCUUCAAAAGGGUUAGGGUGGAAGUCUUGGAAGAAAAGAUGGUUUAUCCUUACACGUACUUCUUUGGUUUUCUUCAAGAAUGACCCUAGUGCACUUCCGCAGCGUGGCGGUGAAGUAAAUUUGACUUUGGGCGGCAUUGAUUUAAAUAAUUCAGGGAGUGUUGUUGUUAGAGAAGAUAAGAAGCUACUAACUGUUCUGUUUCCCGAUGGACGCGAUGGACGAGCAUUUACUCUUAAGGCGGAAACAUCUGAGGACUUGUAUGAGUGGAAGACAGCCCUUGAACAUGCUCUUGCACAAGCGCCAAAUGCUGCUCUUGUGAUGGGCCACAAUGGGAUAUUUAGAAGCGACACUAAUGAUACUAUUGAGGGGUCUUUCCAUCAAUGGAGGGAUAAGCGUCCAGUGAAGUCUUUGGUUGUUGGACGCCCAAUUUUGCUUGCCCUAGAAGAUAUAGAUGGAGGCCCAUCCUUCCUAGAGAAGGCACUUCGGUUUCUUGAGAAGUAUGGAAUUAAAGUAGAAGGGAUUCUGCGGCAAUCUGCAGAUGUUGAGGAAGUGGAGCGAAGAGUUCAAGAAUAUGAACAAGGCAAGACUGAAUUCAAUCCUGAUGAGGACGCUCAUGUUAUUGGCGACUGUGUUAAGCAUGUUCUUCGGGAGCUACCUUCAUCGCCUGUUCCUGCAUCCUGUUGCACGGCAUUGUUGGAAGCCUACAAAAUUGACCGUAAGGAAGCUCGUCUGAAUGCAAUGCGCUCUGCCAUACAGGAAGCAUUUCCUGAACCCAACAGACGCCUGUUACAGCGAAUUCUUAAGAUGAUGCACACAAUUUCCUCUCAUGCUUCUGAGAAUCGGAUGACUCCAUCAGCAGUUGCUGCUUGUAUGGCUCCAUUACUUCUCCGCCCACUUUUAGCUGGUGAAUGUGAAUUAGAGGAUGACUUUGAUAUCAAUGGAGAUAAUUGUGCCCAGCUUCUUGCUGCUGCAAAUGCUGCUAACAAUGCUCAAGCGAUGAUAGCCUGGACCGAUCCUCUAUGUCUGCUGAUUCUCAAAGUGAUAACAGUGGAAGUGAAGAUACGAGCAAUGAUGAAAAUUCCGAUGUAAAAGUCAAUGGUUAUCAUGAUGCUCAACAUGAAGUCGACCCUGAAACAGAUUUGGAUUGGAAUCGCAGACACAGUGGGAAGUUAAGUGAAAGCAGUGGUUCUGCUGCUAGCGAUCUUUAUGACUAUAAGGCCAUUGGAAAUGAUGGUUCAGAUGACGGAUCUCCCCUGCACAAACAUUCCAUGGGAACAAACUUAAAUCCAGCACUGGACACUAGAGCUGUUAGUGAUUCUAAUAUUUCAGUUAACGAGCAACAAGACCGACAGAAGGCACGUGAAAACAUGGCGGAUGCUUCUGCAGAAGUUCUUGGGAAUGAAUCUCAGCGAUCCAUGGGGGAAAUUUUAUCAUCUGUGGAUGAAGAGCUACAUCGAUCCAUUCCUGGACCUGAAUUAUUGGCUGAGAAGCCAACACCCAAACUUACCAGUGCCAACAUCAGUAGUGCCAAGAAGUCAACAUUCUGGGGAAAGAAAAAUACGAGGAAAACUCCUUCAACAGAAUCAAUCGAUUCUUCUGGAGAGGAAGAGCUUGCCAUCCAGCGAUUGGAAAUUGCAAAGAACGAUUUGCGUCACAGGAUUGCAAAAGAGGCAAGAGGAAAUGCAAUUUUGCAAGCUAGCUUGGAGAGAAGGAAGCAAGCUUUGCACGAGCGGCGGUUGGCACUUGAACAAGAUGUAGCAAGACUGCAAGAACAGUUGCAAGCUGAGAGAGAUCUACGAGCUGCUCUGGAGGUGGGCUUGAGCAUGUCUUCUGGACACUUUUCUGGCUCUCGUGGCAUGGAUUCCAAGACGAGGGCUGAGCUUGAGGAAAUCGCCCUCGCUGAGGCAGAUGUGGCCAGAUUGAAGCAGAAAGUUGCUGAACUCCACCAUCAGCUGAAUCAGCAGCGUCAGCAUCACUAUGGCUCUCUUUCUGAUGCAUGCGAUCGAUAUCAACACGCUGCAAACCAAAGUUCACAGCAAAGGAAACAAAGGACAGAGGAGUUGUUGGGCGCCGACCUGAGAAAUAUAAAAGGACAAUUAUUGGCAUCUGGCAGCAGUAGUAGGCUGCCUUCUCGAAAGUUGUUCAUUGAACCCACAAACUCCAUUGAUUCUAAAAGUGCCGAGGCAUCCACAAGUUUAUCCAUGGAUGAUCUUUGUGCUGUCGAUUCUGCAUCUUUACCUUCUACUUCUAGGGCAGCUGAGGUGAUGGAUUAUCCUCGACAUCCAUCAGCAGCAGCAUCAACUUUGGUAGAAUUGACAACACGUCUUGACUUUUUCAAGGAAAGGAGGUCUCAGUUGAUGGAACAACUCCACAACCUGGAUUUAAACUAUGGAUCUACACCCCAGGAUUUCGUGUAUAAACCCUCAUCUCCUCCAUGGAACUAACCUUGGGUGCUUCUGAUGAGUGUUUAAAGGAAAAACGGACAUCAUUCCUCUGUAUAUUCUUUGCUGAUUAGUACAUAGAUGCAUUUAGUGUUUGCCACGCUUUGAGCAUUCUUCCCUUAGAACCCGUCUCGUUCUGUUUUUGGUGUUGUGACGUAUAUUGAGAGUGUAAUUAGUGUGUAGGCCGUGGAAAUCAUGUUGCUAUAAGAAGUUCAGUGCCCGAUGCCCCAAAAGGAUUAAUAAAACUUUAUUAUAAUUUGUAUCCAAACCAUUGGAUUGAGUCGAUUAAACGUAUUGAAGCGCAUAUUCUGCUUGUACUUUAUA